CGGCGCCAACUCCGCGCUCCCAAAGUCUCCGGAGGCCGACCACGGAGUGUCAGUGGAUUUCUCACACCGCGCAGCUUCGGGCACAAGGAACCUUUUUCAGCCGAAAUUUUGCAGAGAGAGCCUCCUCGUGGCUGAGAGCUACAGGACAGAGUGAAGAGAGGGAAAGAGUGAACGACGCUGAGGGAGACGUCAUCAGAGAGCACCGGAAGCGGCCCGACAAUGAAGAGUGUGAUCUACCGUGCUUUUUCUCAGAAAGAGGCAAAAGAGUACGAUGUUCAGCAUCAGGAAGCAAGUCAGGCAGAGGCCUUUGUGAGGGCCUUCCUAAAGCGGAGCAUGCCCCACAUGAGCCAACAAGCUUGUGAGGAUCAGCUGCAGCGCAAGGCUGUUGUUCUGGAGUACUUCACCCGCAGGAAGCGAAAAGAGAAGAAAAAGAAAUCCAAAGGCCUCUCCGCCAGACAGAGGAGGGAUCUUCGGCUCUUUGACAUUAAACCAGAGCAACAGAGAUACAGUCUUUUUCUCCCUCUGCAUGAACUCUGGAAACAGUAUAUCCGGGACCUGUGCAAUGGUCUCAAGCCAGACACGCAGCCACAGAUGAUUCAAGCCAAGCUGUUAAAAGCAGAUCUUCACGGUGCUAUUAUUUCAGUCACAAAAUCCAAAUGCCCUUCAUACGUGGGUGUCACAGGAAUCCUUCUACAGGAAACAAAGCAUGUUUUCAAAAUUAUCACCAAAGAAGAUCGUCUGAAAGGGGUUGCCAUGUCUGGAUGAGAAACUGGAAUUCUGCCCCACCUGGAGACCAGAAGCCAGUCUAAGGGAAAGCCACCAUCCAAAGACAACCACAGGCAGAGGAAUGGAUAGAAACAGUAUCCUUGAGAACAUGGCCAAACCAUUCGGUCAACCAACCCUGAAACUCUCACUUCUCAACUUCCUGUUAUACAAGAUUCCUUCUCACUUAAGCCAAUCCAAUUUGGAGUUUCUGGAGUUCUGCUACUUGAAACUGAAAAUAUCCUCACCAAUGGAAGAAUGCAGACACAUCCCUUACUCAAGCAAUCCUUGGAAGUAGUAACUUUCCACCAAGGUCACCAAUGAAAAAACCUUCACUCUAGAAAGGUGCAAGGUGUCAAUCAAGACCAUAUAUCUCCUCCUCCUGAUCAGAAAGCUGAGCAGAAUUGAACUAUUUAAUAGAUUGAAACUGUGGAAAUCAAACUCAAAAUUUGACCUAUGCAAUAAGGAAAAAAAAAGUGUGUGUGUGUAGGAGGGGUGUGAUAUGUUGGAUAUGUAAUCGAAAGCGAUUGUAACUUCUGACAUGACUGGAUUUUGGGGGGUUCAAAGAUUGUCAGGAAUGUGCCUUUCUCCAUCUCAACUGUGUUUUCUUUCAUGAC